AUGGCGGCGAGAAACGUACUGCUUAAACACCUGAGAGUAAAAGUUAUAUCCGUGCCAUCCGGAAACCCUAGGGCUGGUCCAUUCACUGCUUAUGUGACUCAGCUGCUGAAACGCCAUUUCUCCGAGGAGGUCAGAGGUACGUUCCUCGACAAGUCGGAGGUCACCGAUCGUGUCAUCUCCGUCGUCAAGAACUUCCAGAAAGUUGAUCCCUCCAAG